CCCUUUGCCAGCCAUGGGGCAAGGCAUCGCGCAUCUGCUGCUUCUUGGUCUUGUCUUCCAUCUUGUCUUCAUUGGCUCUGUCUUCGACUGCUACUUUACGAGCCCUGUACACCAUGGCAUGCGCAGCUACGGCUUGCAGCGGCCGGAGGCGAAGCGCCUCAUGCUCAUCGUCGGCGAUGGUCUACGAGCCGACCUUCUCUACCUCAAGAAUGGCUUUGGCGGCUUGUACAACGAAACCGACGUUGUCGCGCCAUACCUCCGAGAAGUGAUCGAGACGCGAGGCGCGUUCGGCGUGUCGCAUACGCGUGUGCCAACAGAAAGCAGACCAGGACAUGUCGCAAUCAUAGGUGGAAUGUAUGAGGAUGUCUCCGCCGUGACGAAGGGAUGGAAGACGAAUCCUGUCGACUUUGAUUCGGUCUUCAACCGCUCCAGUGUCACUUUUUCCUUCGGUUCACCAGAUAUCUUACCCAUGUUCGCUCGCGGGGCUGAACCGGGACGAGUGCAUACAUGGUCGUAUGACGAAGAGGACGAAGACUUCACCAAAGACGCUACCACACUCGAUACGUGGGUUCUCGAUCAACUCAAGACGCUGCUCCAUAAUGCGACGCGAAACCCCGAAUUAGACGCUCACCUUCGCGGCGAAAAGGUCGUCUUCUUCCUUCACCUACUCGGGUUAGACACCACCGGUCACUCUUACCGACCGUUCUCUCGCGAGUAUGCGCACAAUAUCGCUGUCGUCGACAGAAUCGUGCGCGAGGCGGAAGCGCUGCUCGAGGAUUUCUACGCCAACGACGGCGAAACCGCCUUCGUCUUCACCGCCGACCACGGCAUGAGCGUUAUCGGGAACCACGGUGAUGGAAAUCCCGACAGCACUCGCACCCCCUUGAUCAUGUGGGGCAAAGGCGUCCGUGGGCCCCUUCCCGACUCGACGCCCUCAUCGCACGAUGCGUAUUCCUUGCCAUGGGAGCUCGGGCACCUGUAUCGCCGCGAUAUCGAGCAGGCAGACAUAGCAUCGUUGAUGUCAACACUGCUGGGCGCGGAGUGGCCGGUGAACUCGGUUGGGAUCCUGCCGGAGGUAGACGCGCUCCGACCUGGAUUCUUGCAGCCGAGGGACGGUGAGAAGACACUUGCUGAAGCUGCCUUGGUCAAUGCGAAGAUGCUCCUCGAGCAGUACAGGAUAAGCCAUGACCUCAAGAAGGCGCACACGCUUUGGUUUCAAGAAUUCUCGCCUCUCGAAUCGCUCGUCACCGACGCGUCUGCCGUCGAAGACUCCACGGUACCAAUCCAAUUGCCCUUCCGCGACUGGCUGUUGCACCGAAUCCAAGCGCUCAUCGACGCGGGCGCUCAAUUUGAAGGUCGCACAGGUGCGGACGACGAAGGUCCCUCUGGCGCGAGUAUCGCAGGCAGCGCAGACGAAUACAUCGCAGAGCGCGCAGACGAGCACAUCGAUACGAAGAACGCCCGUACCUCCGCGUACACCGAAGCCCGUGCGUCCGCCGCCGAGCUCAUCCAGCUCACGCUCGAAGGCUUGCGCUACCUGCAUACCUAUGAGCGCUUCCUUAUUCGCGCGCUUGCUGUGUUCGCGUAUACAGGCUGGGCGGCGUUGAUGACGCUGUAUAUCUUCCCUCCUGUGAAUGAAGCCGCCGGACCUACUGGGAAUUGGUCCUCGGGUGCACUGGAAGCGAUUUUUGGUGCGCUGCUCGCGGGCUUCUUCGCCUUCUUCGCCGCACAGCACUCGCCGUGGACGUACUAUCUCUACGUGCUGUUCCCCGUGUACUUCUGGUACACAUUUGCGAGGGACGGGCGGCCUGUCUUGCGGCGGCUGGCUGCGGAGGCGAAGACACGGCCGGGCAAUCUGGUGUGGCAUGCGGGCUUGGUGGGCGGGAGCUUGAUGGCGAUGGUGCUGGCGUACACGCAACGAUACAUCUGGACGUUUGGGUACAUUAUCAUCGGGAUUUUGUGGCCAGCGACAUCCUGGUCGGCGACGGCGCGGAGCAGCAUGGGAUACGCUGCGGUGCUCUGGCCAUUGGUCUGCUUGGCGAGUGCGGUGUUUCCGAUGUUGAGCGUGGAUAAGACGGAGAGUUUGGGGACGAUACUUGCAGGAGGCGUGUGUAUCCUCGCGGCGUCGUAUGUGGUCUACUGGGCGAGAGUUCAGGCGACUGCGGGACUGAGGGCGAAGCAGAUGUUUUCGGCGCUGGCGCUCCUCAUUGCGCUUUCUAUGCUGGUGAUCGCGAGCUCCGUGCGCAGCCUGCAAGCCAAGCAGGGACUCCCGCUUGUGAAUCAGGUCGUGGGGUGGAUCGUCCUCGCCCUAUCAACCAUAAUACCCUUUGUCGCGCCCGUCAAACACGCUUACCCUGACUCGAAGAUCUUGAUGUACUUCAUGGGCUUCGGAACGUGCUUCGUACUGCUGUCGAUCAGCGUGGAAGGGCUUUUCUAUGUAGCAUAUACGGCGACUCUGGGGGUUUGGGUAGAGGUGGAGGCGGCGUUGCGGGGCUCGUCCGACGAAAAGCUACGAGACACGUCCGCCAGAAAGGCAUCUGCGUCGGGCAUCACAAGGACGAAGGCAGAAUUCGACGAGGCGACCAAAAUUCGCUCCUCGUUCGUCGUCGACGACUUGCGGAUUGCACUAUUCUUCCUCUUCUUUGUCCAGGUCGGUUUCUUCGGGACGGGGAACGUCGCGUCCAUCUCCUCGUUCUAUCUCGCGCCCGUCUACCGCUUGAUCCCGGUCUUCAGCCCGUUUUUCAUGGCUGCGCUGUUGAUAUUCAAGAUCGUGGUGCCGUAUGUGAUGCUCGCCAUGACCUUUGCGGUCCUGAACCAUCGCCUCAACCUCCCGCCCUUCUCACUCUUCGUCGUCGCGCUGGCUUUGACCGAUGGCAUGACGCUGGCAUUCUUCUUCAACGUAUCGGACACGGGAUCAUGGCUCGAGAUUGGGCAGACGAUCAGCUUCUUCUGCAUCACGUCGCUGUUGCUGUUGUGGUCAGCGGGGAUCUGUGCGGCGGGGGAGUAUUUGAUGGCGGAUACCUUUGUUGGUCCGGGCGUGGAUAAGAAAAUAUAAUGCUCAUGAGGUUGUCGCGGUGCAAUGCAACUUAUCACUAUCCAAGGGACGAGUGACGGAGGUUUACACAGGUUCUCCUAAAAAUCGGAUCUAGAUUCAUGAGACCAAACACAUCGACUUGCUGGUUUACAUGGACGGUAUCAUACAU